AGAUUUACGUGUGCAGAAGGAUCGCGAUGUAUCGACUUUUGGUGUUAUCGGUUUUUCUCAUUUUGUGCGUGCCGUAUAUUCCUGCGCAAACUCCCAUGUCAACUAUGCAGAAUACGCCGACCGACCUAUUCAUUGCAUUGUCAUCAGUAUCGCUUCAAACGUUACCCGGCUUUGAAGCGGUGACCACGCAAACUGGAAUGACCGAUUUCCCCACUAUCACUACCCCGUUUCCUGAUUGGGCGAAUGCGACGAAUUCCACCGAGAAUGUCAACACGAUACAAGGGUUUUUCAAAGGCUUGGUAUCAUCGUUGAGCAUUGUUCUUGUGUCGGAAAUCGGAGACAAGACCUUCUUCAUCGCAGCGAUUAUGGCGAUGAGGCAUGCUAGAACCACUGUUUUCCUUGGGGCCCUCUCUGCGUUGUUUCUUAUGACUGCGCUUUCAGCGGCCCUCGGGUAUGCCGUAAAUGUGAUCCCUAGGGUAUACACUCAAUACAUAUCGGCGGGAUUGUUUUUGCUGUUCGGGUUGAAAAUGCUCUAUGAUGGAUAUAAGAUGUCGCCUGAUGAAGGACAAGAGGAGUUGGAGGAAGUGCAGAACGAUUUGGAGAAACGAGAGGAAGAAACAAAACCUCUUAUUCAGUCUCCCGAAAAGGAUCAGAAUGGAUUUACUCGUCCCUGGACUCCCUCAAAGCGUAGAUCAUCGCCCAUUUGGAGGACGUUUUUCAAAAUAUUCCUCCAGGCUUUCACGAUGACUCUUCUUGCAGAAUGGGGAGAUCGAUCUCAAAUUUCUACAAUUGUACUUGCAGUCACGAAUAAUAUUUGGGGAGUCGUCGUGGGUGGAACGCUCGGGCAUUUUCUGUGCACUGGAGUUGCUGUUAUCGGAGGUCGUUUGUUAGCUCAGAGAAUUUCCGUCAAAACGAUUACCAUAAUCGGAGGCAUUGUCUUUUUGGUCUUCGCCGUCACGUCGCUGUUUCUCACGUCGGACUUUAAAUUCAAAGUGCCGUGGCAAUGAGUCAGCUGAAGUCCUGAAGACAUUUGUUGACGUGACUUCGGGAGAUAACCACGUUUUGUUGAGUUUCAGCGGACAAAGCAUGGAAUCGAUCGGGCAGAGGUGUGUCAUUUGUAAAGAAACAGUGAUCAACCAUUUUGGUUCAGCAUUUUCAAAGGAGAAAGAAAGUCAGAUCUUCUGUACAAGGCGGGUUGAAAUUUGAAAUUUCCAGCCAAAUUCUUUUGUUCAGGAAGCGCCGUGAAUCUGUUGGUUCUACUUCAAUUCAGCGCUGGUCAAAAUUCGAGCAUUCAACCUUGGGAUUUUUUAAAAUCAUGAUUUCAAGCUAGCUUUGCCGGGUGGGAAUUCUGAAAGUGUACGUCACGAGAGUUGCGUUGUUUUGAUUUGAUGAUUUGUCAAGAUAUUGAGAGCUUCCAACUGCCAAUUGCGUUCCUCUUAUCCUGUUCAAAACGUGCAAUUUUUAAGAAAGAUUUUGCGAAAGGUUCGCCCAUGAAUUUGCGGAGAUUUUUUGCUUAAAAGGCCGAGGAACACUGCGAAGGACAAGGACUCGAGUUGGGUAUUGUCCAGUGAUAUCAGUGCUGUUGAUUGGGUUGUAGUUCAAUAAAUUUGUGCUCUUGGUUCGGAAAGAA